AUUCUCCUGAGGAACCAGUACUGCGUCCUAUUCACCAUGGCACCCAAGAAAGCCAAGAAGAGAGCAGAAGGCGCCAAUUCCAACGUGUUCACCAUGUUCGAACAGACCCAGAUCCAGGAAUUUAAGGAGGCCUUCACCAUCAUGGACCAGAAUAGGGAUGGCUUCAUCGACAAGAACGAUCUCCGGGACACCUUUGCUGCUCUCGGGCGUGUGAAUGUGAAAAAUGAGGAAAUCGAUGACAUGAUAAAGGAAGCUCCAGGUCCCAUUAACUUUACGGUGUUCCUAACGAUGUUUGGGGAGAAACUGAAGGGGGCAGACCCCGAGGAGACCAUUCUCAAUGCGUUCAAAGUGUUUGAUCCUGAAGGCAAAGGGGUGCUCAAGGCUGAUUACAUUAAGGAGAUGCUGACCACGCAGGCGGAGAGAUUUUCCAAGGAGGAGAUUGAUCAGAUGUUCGCCGCCUUCCCCCCCGACGUGACCGGCAACUUGGACUAUAAGAACCUGGUGCACAUCAUCACCCAUGGAGAAGAAAAGGACUGA